AUGGCGGACACGGAUUUUAAAGGGUUCUCCAUACAUCGAGUCAUGGAAGCUGAUUUUGAUGAUGCUAAAAAAUUUUUGCUGGCCGAUUUCUUAUACAAUGAACCGCUGAAUAGGUCAGUGAAUCUGACUGCUGAAGAUGCGGAUGAGCUGUUUAAUGAUCUGGUAAAUCGCGGGAUUUCCUCUUCAUUAUCAUAUGUACUACGAACACCUGAUGGCAAAAUUGUUGCACUUAGGUUGUCUGCAAUACUGGAUCGACCGGAGGAAAAGCAUCAAAGUCAGCAUAGCGAAGUAUCAAUUUGUAAUGAAGGUGCAACAAGUGAUAAUAACAAUAGGACAACAACGGAACCAAAGAGAUACCUUCCGAGGGCGCAAAUUGUCGAGGAUAUUCUUCUAGAACUGGAAAGCAAGGCUUUGCACAAAGAUUACACUAGACUUGGAUUUGCCAAAAAAUUGCUUUGUCAUAAGUUGGAUGAGGCCAAACAACUGGGUUGUCAGGGUUGUAUUGCACAAGCAUCCGCAUUUAAAUCACAAUUGCUAUUCAAAAAAAUUGGCUACGAGAAGAUUCAUGAGGUGAAGCACGUCGAUUGGCUUGAUGACAGAGGACAACAGAUCUUCCACUGUGAUGACGGCACCGAUCACAUACAGCUUGUUUUUAAACCACUGCAGUAA